GGCGGCCGAGAAAGCAUGGCCCAGGCCCCCGCCCCCGCCCCCGGCCCCGGCCCCGGCCCGCCCGGCCGACUCUACUACGAGAGGCUGGGCCGCCUCCAGCGCGGCCUGCGGGCCAGUGAAAAGAAGAGAUUAGACCUGGAAAGGAAACUCUACGAAUAUAGCCAAUCUGAAGCGUACCUAGCUAAACUGAAGUACCUAAAACUGAAGAAAUAUCUGGACGAAAUAUGCGAAGCGGAAAGAAGGGCUCAGGUGCGAAACGAAGAGUAUUUAAAGGAAUUUGAGCGCCUUGAAAACCACGUUAGAAGUUUCACCGCAAGUACAGAGAAGCUGCAGAAACUGAAGAUGGAAUGUGAGUCCCAAAUUAGGAGGAUGCAGCUCCAUUCAAAAAAUAACCCUUGGAUGAAAGACGAACCCAAAGAAAACAGCCAGGAGCAGGGACUGCAAGUUGUGAGACAGGCAGGAAUUAACACCGGGACAGCCGUGUCAAGAGGAUUGUAUCAUCGGGCAGAAAUCUUUAUGGGCCGCCAAAUGUCAGCCAUCUCAAGCCUUGAAGAUUUUAGUACACGGCAGAAAUCUUCCCAACCCACAAAGAGCUUUUCAAUUCCUGACCCACAUUCAUGCCGACAGACAGCACAGAGCGGCAACGUGACGGACAGCUACGUAGUCCAAACUAAUAGUGAUAUAGUGUGCUCAAAUAAGCCUGACAAAAUAGAUGGGAAGACAUCUCUUCAGAUGGGUGAGGAAAUGCCAGUCACAUCCAGUAUAUCACCUGAGGAGGUACAAACUCAUUGCUUAGAGAUAGAAAGCAACACAAAUAAUGGCAAGAGUAAUUUCCCUGAAAGCAAGAAACCCGCUGAACUCAAUUCCCCGGUACAGAAGAGAUUAAGUCCGGAGAACAGCACGACUGAUUUAAAGUGUGACAGUUCGAGCGGAUCAGAGGAAACCCGGGGAGGAACACCGUCAUGCGCGUGUACUGAAGUAAAGGAAGUAAGAACGGAGCGGUCCGUCCCCGUGGCGCCAAGCCCGGUACGGCGAAGUUCCGAGAACGAGCACGCGGAAGGAAAUCGUCGUGCCUGGGAAAGUUCCUUGGGCCACCGUGUUGAUGCCAACCAGCGGCCCUUUCUGAACAGGCCAGAGCAGGAAGAGGACAUUUUCAGCACCAGCAGCAACCUCACAGUUUCCGUGAGCGAGGAUGAUUCGGCCCCAAGCGUCUCAGAACUGCAGCCCAAUCUGGGUGAUGACGUGGGCGGAAUCGGUGAGGAGUUAAUCCAUGACGGGCAGGAAAAAGAUGUCCCGUCCGCCAAAAACAAUAAUUGUGAUCUACAGACUCUAAGCUCCCAGGCGUCAGAAAAGGAGUCUUCAGGCAAUUCACCAAAAAGAGAGGUGUGUUUAUCGUUCCGAGGGUUUUCACACUUGCUGCAGUUCAUAGAAGACCAGCUGGAACAAGCUAACACUAAGCAUGUGGAACUCUAUCAGACUGCAGCCCUUAGCCCCGAAAAACUGACCAGGCUAAUUAACCUUUGUAAUCAAACUGGCAUUUUGAAAGAAGAAGACCUUGAAGCAUGUGGUACAGUUGUCCUUCACCAGUUUCAGAGAUUGUUGGAGUGCAUAUCACCUAAAUGCCUCUUACCUGAACACGAUCUUAUUGACAGAAGGAACACCAUGGAUGAGAAACCAGUCAGAUUGGAACAACCCCCGGAUUCGGUCUUGUUUCGGGAACGUUUAUCCCAGCAUGCUUAUACCCUAAAAAAAUACAAGGUUUCUCUCCAAGAGGAUGUAGCGAAGAUGUUUGAAACGUUAUUAGCAGCAGAAAGCAACGACCAAAGUCCCACGGCUACAGCAUUAUUGAAAAAGGCCCUUACAGAAGAGUGUGAAGAUAGGUCGUCUAUUCACAGUAAUGAUUCAUCUUGUAGCUUGCCAUCUAUUCUGAAUGACAAUAGUGGAAUAAAGCAAGCCAACCACACUCAGUGGCUCGACAGCACUGGUACAAAGAAACAAGAAGUCCCAAGCGGGUGUGAAGAUGAGAGCAAGGAAGAAAGCUUAGAAGAGAAGAUUCCUAUUACAGAGACAAAAGCAUAUCAGUUGCUGAAGCUGUCCACACUGCAGGCUGGUAAGGACCAAACUAGAGGAAAGAAUCAAAAGAAAAAGGCAGGCGGCUCCAAAUCGCAGGUGCCAGGUUUGGAUGACGGCAGCAAAACUUUCAAGACAAAGACAAGUAACCAGAUCGGUUCAGAAGCUGUUUUUUCAUCCGGGGAAGGAAGUCCUUUGUCAAGGGAGUUUGUGGAAACGGGAAAUAUUGUUCAAACCCUGCAUUUAGGGAUCGUCAUAUUGAUCCGAAGAAUUAAGAUCCGGAAGGCGAAAAUAGACGUGACCAAGUCUGAACAUACGUCUUCAGAUCUGUUUAAUUUUACCAUUACGGGCUGAGGAUGCUUUUGAUUUAAGAAGACCGACGCCUGAAAGCCGAAGGGGAAGAGUCACCAAUGUAAAAUCCAAAGCUUUCUGGGGUGAAUCAGAUGACAGCAACUCAGACAUCGAAGCCGCUCUGCGUCCUCAAACUCACAAUACACCUACUGACGAUUUUGGAGACUUCUAUGACUAAAACUACGAUCACCUUUUGGAAAUGAAAAGAUUUUAAAUAAACCAUUUGCUUAUUCUGAA